AUGUCCUCACUAUACUUCCAAACCACACCCACCACCUCCAUUCAUGCUCAAAUCAUCCUCACAACGGAGACGAACAGCCAAAAGCCUUUGGUUGUCUUCCUUCAUUACUGGGGUGGCAGCUCUUCAACAUGGCACAAGCUCACAACACCUGGCACAUCCACCUCAUUGACAGCACUAUAUCCCACGCUUGCGAUAGACCUCCGAGGUUGGGGCAAAUCGACCGGACCAGCCGGCGUCAACGAGAAGGAGUAUUCUGUUACAGCGAUGGCAAGCGAUAUCGCCACCGUUCUGUCUGAAAUGAAGACGGAAUCUAAUCAUCCAGACAUUUUUCAAAAUGGCUUCGUCUUGACGGGCCAUUCGAUGGGCGCGAAGGUCGCACUCGCCUCCUUGUCUCUUUUCUCCGCGGAUCUACAGGCUCUUCUAGUAGGGGUUAUCCUUGUUGCGCCUGCGCCUCCGACGGCUCUUGAUCUGCCCCCGGAUAUGAAGGCCCAGCAACAGGUCGCGUAUGAAUCUGAAGAUGCUAUUCGGUGGACUGUUGCGAAUGUCCUGGCAAACCCCGAGAAUUUGACCGAUUUCGACACUUCUCUCAUAGUUCAGAAUAGUCUCGGCGGUAAUCCACUGGCGAAGAAAGUGUGGCCGAUGUAUGGAAUGCAAGAGGAUGUUUCUCAACAAGCGGCGAAAGCUUUGAGUGCUUGUUCUGGUCUUCGGGCGAGUAUAAUAGUGGGCGAAUUGGACGUUGUCGAGCCAAAGGAGCGCGUCGAGGCCGAAGUUGUCGAUUUUCUCACCAAAAAUGGCGUGGAGGUGACUUUCAAGACAGUCAAAGGUGUGAGGCAUUUAAUUCCUCUCGAAAAUCCAGUCUCCAUAUACGACGAAGUGUGCAAGUUUUAA